GUUUUGAUUUUUUUUUAAACUUAUUUUCCCUUCCUCGCUGAUCACGUUUUCCAUUUUACGCGCAGGCUAAAAAAGUUUCCGGUGAUUUUGGGAUGGUUCGUUUCUCCCGGAGAAGGAGCACAUUAAUGGGAUUCUUUUCCCCGCUGAAUCACCUGAGGGCCGCCGGACAGUGAGUGUCUGGAGGCUGAUGGACGACAUGUCUCCGCAGCAGCAGCAGCAGCAGCAGGAAAACACACGGCUCAGCAGAACAGAAGGAGAGAUGGCUCUCCCUUCUCAAAAGUCGGAUAAAAGAAGAGAAGGAGAAGGAGGAACCUAAAACUAUUCCUCUGAGGGUCUAUGGGAAGGGGAUCAAUACUUUUGCUAUUACCAAGACGCUUCCUGUCAGCAACUCAGAUUCAACCAAUGAGGUGAUCCGCCUGGCCCUGCAGCAGUUUGGCAUCAUAGGAAAUGUGAAAGACUUCCAGCUGUGGGUCAUCUCCAAGAGGGACAACGCCCCCUAUCCUCUGAUAGGUCAUGAGUUUCCCUUCAGUAUCCAGAUGAGUCAUGUGAGACAGGCGGGGUCUCAGGGGGGGGGGAGCAGAGCGGCAGACAGACAGGUGGAGCAGAUGCAGGUGUACAAGCAGUGCCAGUUCAUUAUGAAGCCUCGAAUCAAUGAAGCACCGCAGGAAUCUGCAGAUUUGUCUCAGAAGCCGUUCAAAAGGAAGCGCUCUCUCAUCACCUGGGCUUUCUGGAGAGGAUCCUCUUCUCACCUGAACGAACUUUCCCUCGCCAGCGGGCCCCGAGGCGUUCUGUUCGGCCAAUCACUGAGCUCCGUCUGCGUGGAGGACGCUCUGCCGAAACCCGUGAUGGACAUGAUGGCGUUCCUUUACCACGAGGGUUCGUGGACGCGGGGGAUCUUCCGUCGUCCGGCUGGAGCUCGAGCCGUCCGUGAACUUCGGGACUCUUUGGACAGCGGAGAGUUUCAACUUCCUCUGACGAGAGACCACGUCUUCCUCAUCGCCGGAGUCUUUAAAGAUUUCUUGCGCAGCAUCCCAAGCAGCUUGUUGUGUUGUGAGCUGCAUGAAGAGUGGAUGGACGUUCUGGAGGAAGAGGAGGAGGAAGAGGAACAAUUGCAGGACGUAAAGAGGAUGAUUUUACGGCUUCCCAAAGAAAACGCCCUGCUGCUACGCUACCUGUUAGCAAUGCUGCGCGGUAUCCAGGGCAACGCCCACGAAAACCAGAUGACGAGCUUCAAUUUGUCCGUGUGCAUCGCUCCCAGCAUGCUUUGGGCUCCAGGAGCUCCUUGCAGCCCUGAGGUGGAGGGAGAGGAAACCAAGAGGGUUUGUGAGCUGGUGAAGUUUAUGAUCGAGCACUGUCAGCAGAUUUUGGGGGAAGAUCCGUCUUCGCUGUUCGGAGGACCGCCACAAAGACUCACUGACGAGAUGGGAUCAGACUCGUGGCUUUACCCUCUGACCGACUCGUCCUACGACAGUCUGGAGAACGAGUUGGACGUCAGCAGCUCUCCGGGUUUCUGCAGCCGAGCCAAACCUCUCCAAGGCAGCCUGGACUCCAUCCUCACGCUCAGCGACUGCGAGCAAGAGCCAGAUUUACUGCAAACAAACAUGCAGGGGCUGAAGCUACACCUGCAGGGGAGCAAGAGCAACAGGAGGAAGAAGGAGCAUGCACACUUUUCAAGCUCCACUCAUGACGCACAAUCUCUAUCUCCUCACAGACCGAGAAGAUGCUCAGAGCCAGCGAUUAAAUACGUGGCUAAGUUUCGCCCGUGUGUCUCCAGGAGUAAGGAUAAAGAAGAUGAGAUGGUGUUGACACUGAGGAAAACAGGUUUGGAAAUUAGCUCUCCUCGCCUCCUUUCUACCACAAAUUCCCUCACAGCUACACACUCCUCCCUGGACUCUCUCAACUCCGAUAUCAGUGACCGAACAUGGGCCAAACGACGAGGGAUUCACCCAAACAAGAACCAUCUCCCUCCAAGCUAUCCCCCUGGCUCUUCUCCCUCCUCUGUAAGCUCUGCCCUGCCCUCUAGUGGACACCCAGGCUCCCCAGCAAAAGAAGCACCAAACUGGGGCACAUUAAAAGUCUGCAGGGGCCUCCAUCCAAACUCUUGGCUGAAGAAAGGCCGGAAGCUGUCACUGACCCAACAAGACAACGUGGAGAAGGAGGAAGACGACAAAACUGGAGCUGGACUUACUGGGAAAGCUGCACCAGAGAAAGGAAAAGCGGGGGAAAAGGGAGGAAGAAAACUGAUCUCAAUCAGCCAUCCCAUGCCCAUAUCAUCCUCUAAAGAUGCAGGAGGAGGAGGAAGAGGAGGAGGAAGAGGAGGCCAUGUGAAGGGGAGACAACCAACACAUCACCGCUCCACAGGGAGUCUUCAAAUCCCCACAAAUUCCCUGUGGAUCCACUCCUCAGACUCCCCUGCAGAGAGUGAAAUGAAGCCUCCAUCGCCGUCUUUAUUCUUCAAGCAUAGCAGGCCUUCUUUGUCGCUGUUCAAGCAACACAAGUCUCAAUCCGUGGGAGAAGGAUGCGACGCCAUGCUCCAAAAGCGACGAGGGUCUGAACCUGGGCGAGUGCUCGUGGAUCGAUCUUCCACUUUCACACGAGCACGACUUCCCAGCGACCCAGGACUCAAAAUCUCCCAUGUGGAUUCACCACAGUCCCAUUUCUGCCUCUCCCCAUGUGAAACCAAGACAGUGAGGGACUACUUUUCCUCUCACCCGCGCAGUAAUCCCCAAAGCGGCCAGCAGGUGGCGCUCGCCCUCAUGGAGAAUCGCAGGGAGUGGUUGAGGAGAUGCAGCGAUCCUUCAUCCGCCGAACCAGACUUUGAGAAGCUGCUAUUCGCUGAAGAGUCUUAUGUGUGAUCUUGAUUUGAUGCAACAAGGAAAUAAACGAGACGUCACUGCUGUGGUUAGAUGUGAUAUUCCGCACCUUAAAUGCAUGACUGCUUUUGGUGUAUGCCUUCAACACUUUAAUUAGUUUGCUUAGGUAAAACAAACACGGCUUAAGUACAUUUUAAACUUUGCCUAGUGCUUAAUGCCAGACAGGGAACACGCUUAAUGCAGAAACAACAUUUAUUUGUAUUGAAAUAAUACUUGAAUUCUAGUCCAAACUGGUGGAUCGUUGAUGCGUAAUUGUGUUGGUAUAUCAGGCCAAAGGAAAAACCUGCCAAUUUAAAUUACUUGGUGUAGCCUUUUUUUUUAAAUUGUAAACAAGUAUAUCAUCUCCUAUUAAUAAUGAAUCAUUGGGUUACCCCAAUAAAGACGUUUUUAUUUAUAACUUACUUGAUUAUUUUUGCCCUCAAAUUUAAAUGUCGAAGCAUGGCAGCUUUCAGAAGUACACUUAAUAGAUGGUUAAGGGUUACACUUGCUUUAUGACGCUAAAUGAGCAUCACUUUCU